AGCGGAAGCAAUCGCGGGAAUUCGACAGUUGGUUGAAACAACCGGUUGGUGUUCAUAGAAACGGUUCAUUUAGUGUGUGAGUGAAAUAUUUAAACCUCUUUUUUAUAAACUGCUAUUACUCUACUGGGAUUUAGACAUUGUUCCGACGACGUUGUCCUGCCAUGACGCAAAGAAAACGGCUAUCUAACGUACAAAGCUCAUCUCAGAGUAAACGGCAGUCCAACAGCUUCAUGACGCAGGAGGAGGAUGAAGAUGCAACGUUCACUCAGCCGAGCACAUCACAGGUCCAGAGGGGGCUGGAGAAACUCACACCUGCACAGGUCGAUCAGAAGACUGCUGAGGUGGUGCAGUACAUCCUGGUAAAGGACCAGAAGAAGAUUCCUGUGCGCAGAGCAGAUCUCGUUAAACACGUCGUUAAGGAUUACAGAACCGUCUACCCCGAGAUCAUAAAGAGGGCAAUGCGGACAUUUGAACAGGUGUUUGGCUUAAAACUGGUUGAAAUUGACUCCAAGAACCACAUGUAUGUUCUGGUGAAUAACCUGGACGCCUCUACAGCCAGACCCUCGCCGGUGGAGCGUCCAAGCAACCCGAAAAUGGGCCUGCUGUUUGUGAUCCUGAGUGUUAUUUUUAUGAAAGGCGGCGUCGUCAGAGAGAACCUGAUAUGGAACACUCUGAAGAAGCUGCGCGUUGAUCCGGGGCAGAGACACGAGGAGUUUGGAGACGUGAGGAAAGUCAUCACCGAUGAAUUUGUGCGUCAGAGGUACUUGGAGUACGUCCGGAUCCCGCACACAGAACCGGUGGAGUACGAGUUUCGCUGGGGGCAGCGGUCCGACAUGGAGGUGUCCAAAGCCCAGAUCCUGGAGUUCAUGGGUCAGCUUCAUGAGCAGGAUCCACGGAGCUGGACUCAGCAGUACCGAGAAGUUCACUCCGCCGCCGCCGCCAGCUCCAGCCAGGCCAGCAGCAGCAGCAACCACAGAUAACCUGCUUACUUUGACUAGGCCUCUUCUACAGUUUAAAACUGAACUCCCGGUUCCAGAUUUGCUUUCUCCUGGUUUUUAAUAAGGUCAACAUGCAACGUUUCAUUUAUUUUGUUAUUUUGUUUGUUUUUAUUGUACAGAGUAACGGAUUAAACGUGUCAUUAAAAAGUUGUUAAAUAAU